AUGCCAAUUUCUAUGCACAGUCAUUCUGGGCAAUUUUGUAAGCACGCAAGAGGGAAUUUGGAAGAGGUUGUCCAAGAAGCGAUAAAAAAGAAGUUUCUAGUUUAUGGACUAUCGGAACAUUGCCCGAGAUAUCGCACUCAAGAUUUAUAUCCUGAAGAGUCUCAUCUUCACCCAUCUGAUCUUUACAAAACAUUUAGAGAAUACGUAACAGAAGCACGUCGACUACAAUCAAAAUACAAUUCAGAAAUAAAAUUAAUUAUAGGACUUGAAUCUGAAGCAAUCACUCUUAAUACUGCUUCUAAUGAAAUUUCAAGGCUUGUUCAUGAGUUUCAAUUAGAUUAUGUGGUGGGAUCUGUGCAUCAUGUUUUUGAGGUACCUAUCGAUUUUGACUUGGAGACUUUUGAGAGAGCAUUAGAACGAGCUGAGAUAAAACCAAUCAUCGUGGGUCAUUUUGAUGUGAUUCGGAUAUUUAGACCAACAUGGAAAUUCAGCACUCGAGUAUGGGAAAAAGUGGUGCGUAAUGUAGAAUUUGUGGUGUCUUACGGAGGUUUAUUUGAAUUGAAUUCAUCUGGAUGGAAGAAAGGGUUAACAGAUGCAUAUCCUCAACGAGAUAUCUUAGAGUUAAUCAUCGAAAAAGGCGGUAAAUUCACAAUAUCCGAUGACAGUCACGGACCAACAAGUGUUGGACAAAAUUACGAGAAAUUGUAUAAAUAUUUGAAAGAAUUUCAGAUUGACACAAUUUUCUAUUUAGAUCAUGAAUAUGAUCCUAAUUCUAAAGAUGGAAAAAAACUGGUGGUGAAAAAAUCGUUGGAAAACAUCUUGAGUCAUCCUUUUUGGCAGCAAUUUAUUAAUGCGGCAGAUUGA